AUUGAUCCUUCGAUACAUCAUGAUGAGGGUCACAAUCAUCUUGCUCGCAUGCGCUAUCACAGUGACAGGAGCUGUAGAUACAUUUAACAUGAUAUGCAAGGCAUCAGGGGUCUCCGUUGGCAAUGUAAGCACGAAGAGCCCGCUGUCGUUUUGCAUCGAGUACCAAGACCCACGAUGUUGCAUGCCAGUACACGAAGCCCAGAUCAUAACUUACUAUACAGCGCUCAUGGAUACAGGCGUCUCGUGCAAGCACGACGUCACCAACACUGGCCACGUCCCUCUAAAGAAAGUAUUUUGCUCCCCGUGCUCUCCACUCGCGCCGCUUUACCUCUCGCCUCCCACGAACAAGACAUUCUUCACGUCUGCGACAACGUUCAAAAUCUGUCGCUCGCUGGCCGCCCAAGUAUCUCCUGAGCUGUUUGACCACUGUGGUUUCGCAUACGUUGAUCGAGUCCAGUUCUGUACACCCAAGCAAGCCAUUGCGCCUGGAGCAUUUUUCAAGGCCUGCGGAGAUGGUGAUCAUGUGUGCUACCGCCAGAACGAGACCCAGUGGUACUGCCACCCGUCGACGUGUGGUUCGGACGUGCCUGUGGGUUUCGCGGACGUCCCUUGCUUUAAGGACACAUGCAGCAGCGUGUUCAAGAUGUUGAACGACAAUCGAGGGGCUAAACCUCCGUUUCACGAAGAUAUGGCCAUGGAAAUUGUUGAUGACGAGUAUGGCAAGUACUGCCUGGGCAUGUCAAGUCAAGCGACCGACGAAUUGUAACCGGUUUAUGUGUUAACGGAACUCGUCUUUGAGUAGUACUAGUAGGUAGUAAGUAGUUAACGUUAAUACCAUCUUCACC